AUGCCUGCAAGAUCUGGGCGGGUGCGAGGACUAGUGGCUGAGUGGCGCGCCGGAAUGGCAGCCCUGCUACGAUUUGUUCGCGGGAGACCUGAGCGCGACGGUGCUGCCGUCGUCGUCUGCUCAUCGCCCUCAUCGAUCGGUACGUCCUUCGCUUCUCGCUUUUGUACACUCACUGACAACGACCUUCUCGCCGCCUCUCUUCGGAGCCUCAAGACUUGCUUCCUCUUCUCGACCUCGCCUUCGACCACUGUCCCCGCCUAG